CAGUUUGAUUUCUGCGCCUGCGUGCGGCGGCGAGCCGCUCAGAGUCUGAGCUGACUUGAGUGAGGAAGGGGCUGGUCAGGAGUCGGAGUGUCUCACGACCCUUCACCAUGAAGACGCGUUUCAGCUCCGUAGAUAUUUGCGCUAUCCUCUCCGAGUUCAAUGCCAGAUUAUUGGGAAUGAGAGUAUACAAUAUUUAUGAUGUGGAUAAUAAGACAUACCUUAUACGCCUUCAAAAGCCAGACUUUAAAGUUACGCUUCUACUUGAAUCUGGUAUACGAAUUCACACGACAGAGUUUGAAUGGCCAAAGAAUAUGAUGCCAUCUAGCUUUGCCAUGAAGUGCCGAAAGCAUUUGAAGAGUCGAAGACUGGUCAGUGUAAAACAGCUUGGUGUGGAUCGGAUUGUAGAUUUUCAGUUUGGAAGUGAUGAAGCUGCCUAUCAUUUAAUCAUUGAGCUUUAUGAUAAAGGCAAUAUUGUUCUUACCAACUAUGAAUACCUCAUUUUAAAUAUCUUGAGGUUUAGAAGUGAUGAAGCAGAUGAUGUGAAGUUUGCUGUUCGAGAAAAAUAUCCAAUUGAUCAUGCUAGGGUAAUGGAACCAUUACUUUCACUGGAAAGAUUAACUGAAAUAAUAUCCAGUGCACCAAAAGGAGAACAAUUAAGGAGGAUUCUUAAUCCAUAUCUCCCCUACGGGGCCACUCUGAUUGAACACUGUCUUAGAGAAAAUGGAUUUUCCAGCUAUUUCAGAGUAGAUGAGAAAUUUGAAACUGGAGAUAUUGAAAAAGUACUUGUUUGUCUGCAAAAAGCAGAAGAUCAUAUGAAAACAAUGUCCAACUUCAGUGGAAAGGGGUAUAUCAUUCAGAAAAAAGAGAAAAAACCAAGCCUGGAGCCAGAUAAGCAAUCUGAAGAUAUACUCACAUAUGAAGAAUUUCAUCCUUUCUUAUUUUCUCAACAUUCCAAAUGUCCAUAUAUAGAAUUUGAAUCAUUUGACAAGGCAGUGGAUGAAUUUUAUUCUAAGCUAGAAGGCCAGAAGAUAGACUUGAAAGCUUUACAACAGGAGAAACAAGCAUUGAAGAAAUUGGAUAAUGUCCGUAAGGAUCAUGAGCACAGAUUAGAAGCCCUUCACCAAGCUCAGGAAAUUGAUAAAAUCAAAGGAGAACUCAUAGAAAUGAAUCUACAGAUAGUUGAUAGAGCCAUCCAAGUAGUUCGGAGUGCUUUAGCCAACCAGAUAGACUGGACAGAAAUUGGACUAAUUGUAAAAGAGGCCCAAGCUCAAGGAGAUAUUGUUGCAAAUGCAAUCAGAGAAUUGAAGCUGCAAACCAAUCAUGUCACAAUGCUGCUAAAAAAUCCAUAUCUAAUAUCAGAUGAGGAGGAGGAAGAUGAUGAAAUUAAUAUUGAAAAAGAAGAAACAGAAGAACCAAAAGGGAAAAAAAAAAAGCAGAAGAACAAACAACUUCAGAAACUUCAGAAGAAUAAGCCAUUACUUGUUGAUGUUGAUCUCAGUUUGUCAGCAUAUGCCAAUGCCAAAAAAUAUUAUGACCACAAGAGACAUGCUGCCAGAAAAACACAAAAAACUGUUGAAGCUGCUGAGAAGGCAUUCAGAUCUGCGGAAAAGAAAACAAAACAAACCCUCAAAGAAGUUCAGAUGGUUACCACUAUUCAGAAAGCAAGGAAAGUGUAUUGGUUUGAGAAGUUUUUAUGGUUUAUUAGCUCUGAGAACUAUCUCAUUAUAGGUGGAAGAGAUCAACAACAAAAUGAAAUGAUUGUGAAGCGAUAUUUGACACCAGGAGAUAUUUAUGUUCAUGCUGAUCUUCAUGGUGCAACAAGCUGUGUAAUUAAGAAUCCAACGGGAGAACCAAUCCCCCCACGGACUUUGACAGAAGCUGGCACGAUGGCAUUGUGUUAUAGUGCUGCCUGGGAUGCUCGAGUUAUCACCAGUGCUUGGUGGGUGUAUCAUCAUCAGGUCUCUAAAACAGCACCAACUGGAGAAUAUUUGACAACAGGAAGCUUCAUGAUAAGAGGAAAGAAGAAUUUUCUUCCUCCUUCAUAUCUUAUGAUGGGGUUUAGUUUCCUAUUUAAGGUAGAUGAACCAUGUGUUUGGAGACAUCGAGGGGAACGGAAAGUCAGAGGUCAAGAUGAAGAUUUGGAGACAGUGGCUAGCAGCACUAGUAAGCUAGUUUCAGAAGAAAUGGAGCCAUUAGAUAAUGGUGAUAGCAGCAGUGGAGAGGAUCAAGAAGAAACUUCUGAAACUGUAGAAGAAAGGGAAGUAGUAAAUCAAAUUGAUGAAGAGGUCAUUAGCAUUCAAAAUGACAAAAACAGGCCAAAAGAAGGAUCAGCACAAGAAGAGAGCUCAGAUGAUGAUGCUGCGGAUGAUGCUGAUGCUGAUGCUGAUGAUGAUGAGGAGGAGGAGGAGGACGAUGACGACGACGAUGAUGAUCAUGAUCAUGAUAACACCAAUGACGAUAGAAAAUCUCAAAGAAUGAAAUCAGAUCAGGAAAUAGCAAGUAAAAGGAAGGAUGAAUCUGAAAUGUCAUUAAAUUAUCCAGAUACUACAAUUGAUCUAUCUCACCUUCAGUCCCAAAGAUCCUUCCAGAAAACAGUUACUAGAGAAGAUGCUUCUGAUGUGAAUGACAGUAAAUUACAUGGCCGGAGGCAUUUGUCCGCCAAGGAACGAAGGGAAAUGAAGAAAAAAAAGCAACCAAAUGAUUCAACAGAUUUAGAUAUAUUGGAGGACAAGGGAAAAGAAAAUACACUGAAGACUGAAGUUUUUCCAAAUACAAGCAAAACUGUUUCGGGUCCACAACCAAUGAAGAGAGGACAGAAGAGUAAAAUUAAAAAAAUGAAAGAAAAAUAUAAAGAUCAAGAUGAGGAAGAUCGUGAACUUAUCAUGAAGCUCCUUGGAUCUGCAGGUUCAAGCAAAGAAGAAAAAGGAAAGAAAGGGAAGAAAGGAAAAACGGGGAAAACAAAAGAAGAGGCAACAAAGAAACAACCCCAGAAGUUCAGAAGUGAACUGAGAAUUGGUGACAGAAUUAAGAAAGAAACUCCUCUUGAAGCUGUAAUUCAUGAAUUACAAGAAAUUACCAUGGACGAUCAGCCAGAUGAUAAGCAGGAAGAACAAGAUGUAGACCAACAAGGAAAUGAGGAGAACCUGCUGGAUUCUUUAACAGGACAACCCCACUCUGAAGAUGUUUUGCUUUUUGCUAUACCAGUAUGUGCCCCUUAUACCACCAUGACCAACUAUAAAUACAAAGUGAAACUUACUCCUGGAGUCCAAAAAAAAGGAAAAGCGGCUAAAACUGCCUUGAAUACUUUCAUGCAUUCAAAAGAAGCAACAGCAAGAGAAAAAGAUUUAUUUCGCAGUGUAAAGGACACUGAUUUAUCAAGAAAUAUUCCUGGAAAAGUGAAAGUAUCUGCUCCCAAUCUCCUUAAUGCAAAGAAGAAAAAUAACUGAGAUGAAAUAAUAUAUUUUGAAAGGUACUUAAAUGUUCAAAGUGGCUUAGUUAUAGGUCAUACUAUGCAUUCUACAAAAGAACUUUUUCUCCAUUUCAAAUGGAAAAAAACAGUUAUCAUAAUUGUAAGUUUAUAUAAAAUUUUGUACAACACUAUAUAUAUAUUAUAUACAUACACACCUACCUAUUCACCUAAGUCAGUGUGAAAUUUAGGUCACAAGUGAACCUUCAUUUCAUGUUGAAAUACUGAAAUAGUACAUAUGCUGCAGACUAAAAUCACCCUGUAACAAAUGUUUUUGGAUCCUGUUGGAAAGGUUUUUCUCCUAAUGUUAAUAACUAGUUGAUUUGUAUUGUAACAAGAAUAUUCAUAUGCAAUUUUUUCUUCCCCAGUUACUUCUGGAGUUCCUGUUGAAUCUGUUUAUAAAAAUGAUUAUGAUUCAUUGUUCCUUCUGCCCUCACCUGCCCUGCUCCCCCUAAUUUAUCCUAUGCUGCUACCCACAUCCACUGGUUUGUAUCAAGCAAAAAGUGUUGUAUCUAAAGCUAAGGAAUUACAAUUACUAAAAUUGUAAAAUUCUCCCCUCUCUCAGAAUUAGAUAGAUAUAUUUCCAACCUUUCAGGAUUCUUUUGUUCAGGCCAGAAGAUGAUUAGUAUACUCAGUUCUUAAAAUCAUACCUGAGAAGCAGUUGACAUUUAAACUCUCUCAGGAGAGAUUAUGAUAUGAUUAUGUAUUAACUGGGUAUUCUAUCAUUUCCCUUCUUCAUUUAUGAAUGAUGUCAAAAUCCCAUGACCUUGAAAGUUAAAUUUCAAUUAAACUAAUUUUAUCUGUUG